AUGUUUGAAAAUACAACAGAAAAUAGUAUUUGUGGUGAUGUGCCCGAUAGAAAUCAUAAAUCUUCAUUGAAACAAUCAAAUCUUAUUGGAGCAUCUCAAAUAAAUAGUGGGUUUAAUGCAGGUUUUAACGCAAGUGGAGCUUUGGAACAACUUUCAGAUCUCCUGAGUUUGCAUGCUAAAGGCGGAUCCAUGAAUGGCUUUAAAGGUACUACACCUACGAUCCCAGUUAACGAUCUGCGUGGUGAUGAAGCAAUCAGAUACAGCCGUGAUCAAAGGCUUAUUCGCUGUCAAUUGGCUUCACUUUGUCGUCUCAUCGACUUAAAUGGCUGGACUAAUUCUAUUUAUAAUCAGAUUUCUGCCAAGAGUGGAGAAGAUGAAUUUCUUGUUAAUCCAUUCGGACUUCUUUACCACGAGGUUCAAGCUUCAACCUUGGUGAAAAUAAAUAGUCAAGGUAACGUGCUUGACCCCGGGAGCACGGUGUUGGGCGUCAACAAAGCUAGUUGGAAUUUGCAUUCGGCUGUUCACAGUACUCGCAGUGAUGUCAACUGUGUUGUUAACGUGAACCUACCUGAUGUUGUCGCUGUCUCUUGCAUCAAAUCGGGUCUACUACCAGUGAGCCCAGAGGCCGUGGAGUUGUUACCCAAUGUGCGCUAUCACGACUACGCCGGUAUGGUGACGGACAAAGCUGAGGCUGACGCCAUUCGUAACGAUCUAGGCAACGCCAAGAUCCUUUUUCUUCGCAACAAGGGUGUCACUGUGGCUGCAUCCACAAUACCCGAGGCCUGGUACUUAAUGAAGCGUGUUAUCAGCGCUUGCCAAACACAGAUGCGACUUCUUCAGUUGGGUUGCAGUGCCAACUUGCUCAGUGAGCUUGUCUUCCCAACCGGUGGUGAGAAGGUAGAAACAGGCGAACGCUUAAGCGAAAACAAUGGAGAUGACUACCAACUACAACAAAAUUCUGUACCCUUCGCUUCAGAGGCUAAUGGUACUGCCUGUGAUGAUAACAAUGAUUGUGAUGAUCAUCUCAAUGGUGUGGGAGCCAAAUCAACAAGCUCUGGCGUCACUGAUCUUUCGGGUUGGGGCGUGGGUGAGAUGGAGUUCGAGGCGCAGAUGCGAAUGCUGGAUAGUGCGGGCUACCGAACAGGCUACAUCUAUCGCAAUCCCAGUUUAUUACGUCGUCCACCCGCAGAAGUCCCUUGGUCGACAAAUGGUCAACUAGCCGGAGCUGAUAGCUCCCUCUAUGCUGGUACUGGGUUCCUUUCUGAUUGUACUGCCGGACCAGACGCUAGUGACAUUGAUGACAUCACUGCCGCCACUCAGGCCGGAGCUAAGCAAAUCUCCGAAAUAGCGAGUACUGUCCGUUCUAACAAGGAAAAAGGUGUUCAACGCAAUCAAUGGCUUGCUAAACCUGGCAUCGGUAUGUUCUUUUUCACUUUUUUUCUCAGUCAACCCCUUGUAUUUGAUUUCGCUAUAAUUCUGCCCCUCAUAUCUCAAUUUGCAUGUUUUGCUUUCUACCUCUGUUGUGCUGCUGUUGUGUUAUCCCAAUGUACAGUUGAGGAGCAGCCCUCUUUUGCCACUCACCUGUCUUCGCAGGCUCAAUCUACACCGAUGGUACAUAAUGUUGGCAAUCAUCGUCGCGCCUUUCACAGGCCCAGUCUCGCAGAGGAGUCUGUGGAAGAGCUCUCCACUGCUGCUGCGGUACCCCCCGUUGAAAUUACCCCCUCUUCCACUUUGGACAAGUCUUCCAAGAAGUCCUCUAAGAAGAAGUCGGGUCGUAAAAGCAAGAAAACCGCUUCUCCCUUCUCUACUCUCAGUCGUUCAAAGCAGUAUCCGGAGACAGUGAUUGAAGAGCCUCGUACACCUCCCACCACCCCAAGAUCUGAUCUGGCCAGCAAAAGUGCCAGCCUCCCCGCCAAUGCCAGGAAUCUAGUCAACUUCUCAGAGCGCAGCUACAAUACGAUGGUAGCCGUCGAUGGAGCAGCUUCAGACGAUGAAGAGCACAAAGCCAAGGUGGACAAGAAGAAGGGUGGCAAAUGGGGAAGUUUCCGUUUUCCGACCUUUAGGAAGAAGACCAAGCCGGUCGCUGUCUAA